AGCUAUCUUAUGCCAAAUUAAUGAUGAAAGGGAAGGGGAAUUGGGGUUAUAAGGCAAGUAGGCAACUAUUGGGAAACUAGGCAGAAAAAGGGGGAAAUAAGGUGAGAAAAAUUUUGUUAGAGGGUAGCUUGGUAGUUUUUUUUUUUUUUUUUUUUUUUUUUUUUUUUUAAAAAAAAAAAGGUUCUAUUUUUACAAAAAUAAUGUUCUUACUUGUAUGAGUUGUAUCUAUAGUUAUGAAGACGAAGAAGAAUUCGAAAGAAGAAGAUUUCACAGCCUCUUUAAUGAAUUUCAGGCCAUGUCGACGGCCUUCUUCGUUGCUGAUUAUUUCCCUUCCAUUGGCUGGCUUGAUAAGCUGACCGGAAAAUACUCUAGGCUUGACAAGGUGUUCAACGACUUGGAUUUGUUUUAUGAGGAGAUUAUUGAUGAAUAUCUUGACCCAAAUCGACUCAAAUCUGACCAAAAGGAUGUCAUUGAUGUUCUUCUCCACCUAAUGAAAGAGUGUAACCUUUCGUUUGAGCUCACCAUGGAUCACAUUAAAGCAAUUCUUAUGAACAUAUUUGUAGCAGGAACAGAUACAAGCACAAUCAUGGUCAUUUGGGCAAUGACUGAGCUAAUCAAGAACCCAACAAUCAUGAGUAAAUUACAAGAAGAGCUUCGGAAUAAUUUAUCCGAUAAUAAGGGUUGUAUCACAAUGGAAAAUCUUUUAAAGUGCAAAUACUUUAAGGCAGUAGUGAAAGAAACAUUAAGAUUUCACCCUGCAGCUCCACUAACAUUUCGAGAAACACUUAAAAAAAGUAACAUAAAAGGGUACGACAUUCUACCCAAAACUCAAGUAUACGUGAACAUAUGGGCUCUUGGAAGAGAUCCUGAAUAUUGGAAAGAUCCGGAAAAAUUCAUGCCCGAGAGGUUUAUGGAGAGUUCAAUUGAUUAUAAAGGAAACGACUUCGAGCUUAUUCCAUUCGGAGCUGGUAGAAAAAUAUGCCCGGGAAUGGUUCUUGGUGUAGCUAGUUAUGAGCUAGCACUUGCCAAUUUGUUGUAUAAUUUCCAAUGGGAAUUGCCUAGAGGUAUGAGCAAGGACGACAUCAACACUGAUACGUUGCCUGGUCUUGUUAUGAGUAAGAAAGAUCCACUUUGUCUUUUGGCUAGGAAAUUCACAUAGUUUCUUAUGGUUUAAGUGGUUUGGUCCCGCCACCCUAAGUCACGAAAUGUAGUUGAAGUCGAGUAUGUGAAUUGUGCAUACUUUUAAAAUGCUGUACUUCAAACAAAUUAAAAAAUAAAACUUUUAGUUCUUGUUCUCUUUACCUUAUUGUUGUCAUUAAGUAAUUAAUUAUUGCAUGUGAUUAAUUUUAAUGAUUUACACAAACUUUAACCAAAUCUAUCUAUACUUUUAUAUAUAUUAAAAAGCGUUCUAAAAUCGUUUAUAUGCCACAUCAUUCCCCUCUCAUACCAUUGUGCCAUAUCAUCACUUAAUGACAUGUCAUUACCAAAUAACAA